UGCUUGGCGCUAAAAGUGGCAUUUACGGUAUGAUUUAAAUUUUAUGAUAGGUUACACAUUUCCACCCCCCUCUUGGCGGUCAAAAGUGGGUCAUUUCUUAUUAAGGAAUAUUCAAAUACUGUGACUGCUUGUUCUAUAGAAAUCCAGUUGUCAAAUCCUAUUGUUAACUCAUUGUGGUAAUUUUAUAUGAGAAUGGUUUAUGCAGAUCCGCUGUCCGUCUGAGACAAGGUCAAUUAUUUGACAUGGCCUAAGCAUUCGGUUACGCUAAAUUAACAAAGAAAAUACCUCUCUAUUUGCGAAGUCGACGGAUAAAGACACACUGUAACGGGUAUAGCUUAAAUAAGUACUCAGUACACUUUGUCAGAAUGACAUAGAUUUGAAAAAAAAAAAAGACAUCGACGCUCUUUUUAGAUGCGGUAUGACACCAGAUAGCUUCACCUUUGCGGCCAUAACAGGAUGUGUAGCUGGUUGUUUGGUCGGUGUAUCACUCCUCGUCUUGUGCAAGACUGUUUGCAAGGGGUGCCUUAGCUCUAAACUCCACUGGUGCUUCCAGACAAAGCAAGAUAAAUCAGAGGAAAGUAGCUCUGAGAAAUCAGAUGCGAUUCCCGACGCUGUGGCUUCGUCUACACCCUACAGCUCGCCUAGCUUGUGUCGAGGCGGCAAGAAUACCUCUCAAGGAAACGAUGAUGAUGAUGCCGUCCCGAUAUCCAGGCCGUGCAAACUUCAGUUCUCGCUGUACUACAACUUCCAUGAUAUGCGCUUAUUGGUUCAUAUCAUCUGUGCGCUGAAUAUCCCCACUCGGUGGUACGGGAAAGCACCUGACUCUCAAGUCCGCUUGCAAUUAUUACCGGACACAGAGCAUUUCUACCAGACGGAGAUUCGAGUCAACGAGGCUCAGCCUAUCUUUAAUGAGACCUUCGAGUUUGUAGGAUAUUCCGAGCGCGAUUUGAUGGACUUAACUUUACGUAUGGGCCUGUUUGCUUACGAUAAAUUCAGUCGCGGUAAGAUGCUUGGUUUUACGAGUGUCCCGUUUCGAGAUGUAGAAUGGCACCCAACCCAGGCAACCAUUUUAUGGCGGGAUCUGGACACAAUGCAAUCUCGACAGCGCUCGUUCAGUUACUCACGAGGCGAGCUGUCUGUCUCCCUCAGAUACGAGGCUCAGGCCAACCGGAUCAGUAUCAUCGUACUGAAAGCAACGGCGUUACCAAAAGUCAGCCUAGUCAAGAGCACAGCUCCUUACUGCAAAGUCAUCCUAAGCAUAGACGACAAAGUCAUCGAGUCGCGGCGUACCAAAUGCAAACGGUCGCUAAGCCCGGUGUGGAACCAGGGGUUUAUACUGGACAUUGACAAGAGUCGAGUGAAUGAUUACGUCAUCACAUUACGCGUCAUGAACCAUGACUUGCUAAUGAGCGAUGACAUCAUCGGCGAAGUAGUCAUCAGUUCCCGCGCAAACGGCUUCGCCAGGGAGCACUGGGACGAGAUGAUGAGAAACAAACACUCGCGCAAAGAGGUUGCCAUGACACACGCCUUGGAGUAAAUAGAGUAUAUUGGAAUAGGGAAACGGAAAUGUAAAUAUAGGAUUGACAUUGAUUAUAAACGUUUGACAUUGAUUAUCAACGUUGAUUCAUACGUCGCGAAGUUUCUGUUGCACAUAUUAAAUAAAGGUAUUUUAUUCGGCGCAUCAAAAGCUCGACGUUUGAAUCAGUGUCGUGCUUUUUCCGUGCAGCACGACAGGGGCGUGACGUAUGAAUCAGUGUCGUGUUUUUGCCGUGCAGUACGACAGGGUCGUGACGUCUGAAUCAGUCAUGCUUUUACGGUGCAGCACGACAGGGGCGUGACGUAUGAAUCAGUGUCGUGUUUUUGCCGUGCAGUACGACAGGGUCGUGACGUCUGAAUCAUUCGUGCUUUUUCCGUGCAGCACGACAGGGGCGUGACGUAUGAAUCAGUGUCGUGUUUUUUCCGUGCAGCACGACAGCGGCGUGACGUAUGAAUCGGGCCUCCGUUAGCUUUUAACAAUUCAGAUGCGCGCGCAUUUUCAUGAAAACUGCAAGACUAGCCUCCUCCGCAGGCAUCUCAAAUGUUUUUUACUUUUUCAGUUUUUUUUAUUAAUUGGGGUUCCUGUGGCGAGUUGAACCAGAGACCGGAAUAAGGGGAGGGGAAAAAAAAAAAGAAAUGAGAUCUUUCCAACCCAGGCCCCACUCUUUCUUGAACACUCCACAGGAAGCCCGAAAUCGAAAAAAAGCCUUUUUCCCAAUUCACUUGAGACGCCUUCGGAAGAGACUAAGACAUUGAGAUGUAAAUAUAGAAUUGACCUCGCUUUUGCGCGUAUUGUGCAUGAUCGUGAAACUGGCUAAAACGCUCGAUUAAAGAGUCCUAGUCAGGCACAGGUUAUUUCUAUUCAAUAUUCAUGAAAAUUGGAAUCUUGGAAUAACCAUCUAAAACAAAGAUUAUACUUUAUUUAUCAAGUUAUAUUAAAAGUAUUGCAAUUGCUUUCCCUAAUAAGCGGACGGUAAUGGAUGUUUUCUCACACUUAUGCUGGGAUGACAAAAUGGCGGCUGCCAGACUCACUGAUCAACUCGUCAACGUGUGUUGGGAGCAAAAGAAACGAAAACGGACGGAAAGAGGAUUGAACAGUAAUAAGGAAUUGGCUCUGGAGAUAGGCGAUUUAACACAUUUAUUAAAAUGUAUAUAGUAGCAAAAAAACCUAAAUAAAUAAUAUUAAAACAA